AUGAAUCUAGAGGAGAACGCCAGGGAAAUAGAGGCGGACAAUGAUUCCGGCGAUGCACUGUCAAUAUACUCAGAUUCAGAGGAGGUCAAUGCGAUGGACAGAAGGUUCAAUAAGGACAGAAGACCGAAGGAUGAACGAAGGCAACCGGAUAGAAGAGCGCCAGAAACUUCAAACCCACCAAUAGCAAUGGCGGGACUCGAUGCACCAAGAGAAGCUACUGGACUGUGUUGGAACUGUGGUAAGCCAGGACAUAUGUGGAGAUACUGCCGUGAGGAGAAACGUCUAUUUUGCUACGUAUGUGGUACUCCGGGAAAGACUUCUGUAACCUGCCCGAAUCACCCGAGGGCGAAUCAACAGAACGUGUCGGGAAACUAG